AUGCUCCCGGCCGCUGUAUGCUGUGAACAAGUUGUUCGUUUGGAAAACAUGGAUGAUGCUGAGUUCUUGGGUCUCUUUAAACACCAUGCUUUCUCUGGAAUAGAAAUUCAAGACCAGCUGUUGCGGACAAAGCUAGAACAUAUUGCUGAGGAGAUUGCUAAAAGGCUUGGAAAAUGUCCUUUGGCAGCAAAAGUUCUGGGUUCCAGAUUGAGCAGAAAAAAAGAUAUCACUGAAUGGAAAGCUGCACUAAAGCUCAACGAUUUAAGUGAGCCCUUCACAUCUCUGUUGUGGAGUUAUGAGAAGUUAGAUCCACGUGUACAGAGGUGCUUCUUGUAUUGCAGCUUAUUUCCAAAAGGUCAUAGAUAUAGACCUGAUGAGUUGGUUCACCUUUGGGUGGCAGAAGGCUUUGUUGAUUCGUGCAAUAUGAGUAGGUGGACAAUGGAAGAUGUUGGGAGGGCUUACUUGAAUGAGAUGGUCUCUGGAUCUUUCUUCCAAUCGGUUUCUGAAAGGUAUUUUGGUGAUUACUAUGUCAUGCAUGACAUCCUUCAUGAUUUGGCAGAGUCACUCUCUAGAGAAGACUGCUUCAGAUUAGAAGAUGAUAAUAUGACAGAAAUACCAUGCACGAUUCGACAUUUAUCUGUUUCUGUUGAGAGUAUGCAAAGGCAUAAGCAAAUUAUCUACAAGCUACAGCAUUUACACACUGUUAUCUGCAUCGAUCCACUAAUGGAUAAUGCAACUGUUAUUUUUUAUCAGAUACUGCAGAACCUGAAGAAGGAGCGUGUAUUGCAUUUGUCAUUUUACAACAGCAGCAUGUUACCUGAAUCUGUUGGUGAGCUGAAGCACCUUCGGUAUUUGGACCUCAGAAUGACAACGAUUUCUGAAUUGCCUAGAUCAUUAUGUGCUCUUUACCACUUACAGUUACUUCGGUUAAACCACAGUGUGGGGAGGUUGCCUGACAAAGUUUGUAAUUUCAGUAAGUUACGGCAUCUGGAAGGGUGCAACGAUCAAAUUCCCAACAUUGGCAAGCUUACUUCGUUACAACAGAUAUAUGUCUUUUCUGUGCAAAAGAAGCAAGGAUAUGAGUUGCGACAGCUGAAGGACUUGAAUGAGCUUGGUGGCAGUUUAAGAGUAAAGAAUCUUGAGAAUGUCAUUGGAAAGGAUGAAGCCUUAGAGUCGAAGCUAUAUCAGAAAUAUCGCCUUAAAAAGUUGACGCUUGAGUGGAGUUCCGAGGAUGGCAUGGAUGCAAUGGAUAUUCUGCAUUUGGAUAUUCUAGAAGGUCUGAGACCGCCACCCCAACUGAGUGAGCUCACAAUCAACGGUUACAAAUCUGGCACAUAUCCUAGGUGGUUACUUGAGCGAUCCUAUUUUGAAAAUUUGGAAAGGUUUGAGCUUGAUAACUGCAGCUUGCUAGAAGGCCUACCACCAGAUACAGAGCUCCUUCAGCAUUGCUCUUGUCUGUAUCUACGGGACGUUCCAAAUUUGAAGACAUUAUCAUGUCUUCCAGCAAGCCUUACAAAUUUGUCAAUCCACGGCUGCCCACUGCUUACAUUUGUCACCAAAAAUCAGCUCGAGCAACAUGACUUGAGGGAAAAUAUAAUGAAGGCAGAUGACCUGGCGACUAAACUUUCAUCGAUGUGGGAGGUGGAUUCAGGAUCACUUAUUAGGAGGGUACUAUCAGUGGACAAUUCAUUUCUGAAGCAGUUGACAACGCAGAUGGGUGAUGAUAUAUCACAACAUCUUCAAAUUAUUGAAAGUGGCCUAGAGGAAGGAGAUAUAAUAUCGGUGAAAGAAAAUAUCAUCAAGGCAUGGCUUUUUUGCCAUGAGCAGAGGAUAAGAGACAUUUAUGGAAGGACCACGGAGCUGCCGCUGGUUCUACCAUCUGGAAUUCGUGAACUUUGUCUUUCUUCAUGUAGUAUUACAGAUGAAGGUUUGGCUAUUUGCCUUGGUGGCCUCACUUCACUGAGAACCUUAGAAUUGGGUUAUAAUAUGGUCUUAACUGCACUUCCGUCACAGGAGGUGUAUGAGCAUUUGACAAAGCUUGAGAGCAUUGAAAUCACUGCUUGUUGGUGUCUCAGAUCACUGGGGGGCUUACAUGCUGCUCCAUCUCUUUCCAGUCUUAACUGUACGGAUUGCCCUUGUUUAGAGCUGGCACGUGGAGCAGAAUUUAUUAAUGGCUUCCCACACCUGAAAUAUCUUUCCAUUUAUGGUUGCAGAAGCUCCCCAUCCUUAUCGAUUGGCCACCUUACCUCCCUUGAAACAUUAUACCUAUGGGGUCUCCCUGAUCUGUGCUCGCUUGAAGGCCUGUCUUCCCUGCACCUUAAGGUCCUAAGUUUGGUAGAUGUUCCAAACCUCACUGCCAAGCACAUCUCACAGUUCCGUGUCCAGGAAGCGCUCACUGUUAGUAGCUCCGUAUUGCUCAACCACAUGCUCAUGGCUGAAGGGUUUAGAGUCCCGUCGUAUCUUUGUCUUCAUGAUUGCAAGGAGCCGUCAGUUUCAUUUGAAGAACCUGCCAAUCUCUCAUAUGUCAAGACGCUGUCAUUUUGGAGGUGCAAAAUGGAGUCCCUGCCAACAAAUCUGAAAUUUCUCUCCAGUCUGCAGAUGCUUGGUAUCUCUGAUUGCCCCAACAUAACAUCUUUACCAGAUCUGCCGUCCUCCCUCCAGCGCAUAAGUAUAUGGGGUUGCCCCGUCUUGAAGAAGAACUGCCGAGAACCUGAUGGAGAAAGCUGGCCAAAGAUUUCGCACAUCCGCUGGAAGACCUUCUACUAG